UUUGGUUUGCCCCAACCAACCAACCUUUCUCCUAGCUGGGAUGUCAAACACGAUUCAACAUUUCACGCAUAACCAUCCCUUGACGGAAGUGAACGGUGUUGGCACAUACACGUGCAAUGGUUGCAAACUGUAUGGUGAGGGCAAGACCUAUCGGUGCAACGACUGCGACUACGAUCUCCAUGAAUAUUGUGCUACAUGUCCUCAAUUCCUCAGAAACUCAUGUCACGGGCCUGAUCAUGAACUUACCCUGUACAGCGGUCCCACGCACAUGACCGAACGUUUGUGCUACGUUUGCCGAGUUUACAUCCAAGGGAUGUUCUACAUUUGCAAGCAUUGCAGAUUUGAAUCUCACCCGCUUUGCACACACGUUCCAAUGCAUGCCUCGAAUCCUGCUGAUGCAACGGUAACCAAGGAAAGAAGCCUGCAUGAUCAUGCGGGACAGCCAUCGUCGCCACACCAUUAUGGUCAAGGAAACCCCUAUGGUUAUGCUAUACCAUACCCUUAUUAUGGUGGCCAUCAGGAUCAGCAUCAACUUUCAAAAAUGAACACGGGUUCUCAAAAAGCGGAUCCCAAUCCGGGUUCAAGUACGCCUAAAAAGAAAAAAAGUGGAGUUCUUAAUGGCUUCAAGGGUGCACUAGGUAUAGGUGCUGGAUUAGCAACCAAUUUGCUAGUUGCAACAAUUACAGGUAGCACCUUGAGUGAAGAAGAGGUUAUUCUCUGAUUGAAUUUAUUUACUUGUUUGAUUGUUAUUGGUGUGUUUUAAGUUUGACGACUUGACGUUGUUUCCCGUUACACUAUCGCAUGACUGCAAAUUGCUCUCUUUUUCAAUAUUAAUGUAAGUUUUGGUAUAACAUACCAAAGUUUAA